AUGGAUAACCAAAAAAUUCAAGCAGCAGUUCUUGCCACAGUUGCAUCUGUCCUUGCUGUGGGAGCUAUAAUAUUAGAAGAUAUUAGGUCUAGGAGAUUUAUAAUUAGGCAACCUCGUGUGAACCGGGAUUAUGAAAGAGAAGGUUUUAUAAGUGAUAUUCUUCAUCGAGGUGACGCACGUUGCAGUUUUAUGAUAAGAAUGAGACCUGUAGCUUUCUAUGAAUUAUGUAGAAUUCUUGUUGAGAGAAAUUUGGUAUGUGAGACUAUCUACAUGUCUGUUACAGAGCAGGUGUUGAUGUUUUUGCAUAUUAUUGGCCAUAAUGUUAGGUUUCGAGUCGUUGUUGCCAGGCAUGUUGUUAGAUUAUCUGACAACUCUAUACCCCCAGAGAUAAGGAAUAGUAGAAGGUUUUAUCCUUACUUUAAGGAUUGUGUGGGAGCAAUUGAUGGAACUCAUGUCCGUGCAUCUGUUCCAAUUGAAAUCCAAGGAAGGUUUCGUGGUCGAAAGGGGGGGACAACACAAAAUGUGUUAGCUGCAGUUUCGUUUGACUUAAGAUUCACCUAUAUGUUAGCUGGUUGGGAAGGCAGUGCUCAUGAUUAUCGUAUUUUAAAUGAUGCACUUAGUAGACCAAGGGGACUUAAAAUUCCAGAAGGUAAAUAUUAUCUUGGUGAUGCCGGUUAUGGAAAUAGACUUGGAAUCUUGUCUCCUUAUCAAAGUGUUCGAUAUCAUUUGAAAGAGUUUAGUGAUCAUCCACCUGAAAAUGCAAAAGAAUUAUUCAACCUUCGUCAUUCUUCAUUGAGAACUACCAUUGAGCGAGGGUUUGGAGUUAUAAAAAAACGUUUUCGUGUCUUGGAUGCAGAACCAUUUUGGUCUUUUAAUACACAAGUGGAUGUAGUUUUAGCAUGUGGUGUUAUUCACAAUCACAUCAUGGGGGUUGAUCCUAAUGACCCAAUUAUACAAGAUGGAACAUUUGAGACAAAGUCUAGUGAUCGAGUCCAACCUAGUCGACACGAAGCUAUAGUGGAAAGUAGAGAAUGGAAUAAUAAGAGGGAUGAGAUAUGUCAAGCAAUGUGGGCUGACUACAUAAUUAGGAGACAUGCAUAA